AAGCGGCAGCCGCCGAGCGCUCGGGCGGCUGCCCCAGCUGGGCAGUGCUGCACCGCGCCGCGCCCGGUGCCUGCGGGGGCCGCUGCGCGCUGGCCGGCGCCGCGGGCGGGAGGUGUUCCGACGGCCGGCCGCAGACAAAGGAGACGCCGCGGAGCCCGAGCGGACCCCGCGCACCAUGCACUCGGGGCGCGGGUGGCCGGCCGCGGCUCUGGGGAUCCGGCCCUAGUCGCCGGCCCCGCCGCCCCGGGGCGCCAUCGGGACGACGCGGCCCCGCGCGGCGCGAGGAGGAGCCAUGGGCAAGUGCAGCGGGCGCUGCACGCUGGUCGCCUUCUGCUGCCUGCAGCUGGUGGCUGCGCUCCAGCGACAGAUCUUUGAUUUCCUGGGCUACCAGUGGGCUCCCAUCCUGGCCAACUUCCUACAUAUCAUGGCUGUCAUCCUGGGCAUCUUUGGCACCGUGCAGUAUCGAUCCCGAUAUCUCAUUCUGUACGCAGCCUGGCUGGUGCUCUGGGUUGGCUGGAACGCCUUCAUCAUCUGUUUCUACCUGGAAGUUGGACAGCUGUCCCAGGACCGGGACUUUAUCAUGACCUUCAACACAUCCCUGCAUCGCUCGUGGUGGAUGGAGAAUGGGCCCGGCUGCCUGGUGACUCCUGUUCUGAACUCGCGCCUGGCACUGGAGGACCACCAUGUCAUCUCCGUCACGGGCUGCCUGCUUGACUAUCCUUACAUUGAAGCCCUCAGCAGUGCCCUGCAGAUCUUCCUAGCUCUGUUCGGCUUCGUGUUUGCCUGUUAUGUGAGCAAAGUGUUCCUGGAAGAGGAGGACAGCUUCGACUUCAUCGGUGGCUUUGACUCCUAUGGGUACCAGGCGCCGCAAAAGACAUCGCAUUUACAGCUACAACCUCUGUACACGUCGGGGUAGCUUCUGCCCGGCACCUACCCGCGUACCUGGGCAACUGGAGUUAGAAGCCGCCGCGCUGUAAGGAGCUUGGAUCACGAUGGGCAGGCGCUCUCCUUGGCUGCCCACGGGCUGACUGCACCUUGCGCAGCCUCUUCUGGAUCUACCGCCCCUGGAGCAAAUGCGGACUGAGACUCAAACUUGGACUUGACCUGUCUCUGGCCAUGGCCCUUAGCAGCCGGACUUCAGGGUUGGGACAGGACGGGACUGGGGGGAGGGGGAAUCGCUGGGUUUGUAUUUUUUUUAAUCUCAGCCUUGGUACGUGCCAGGGUCUUCCUCUUUCUUCAGAUUCGCUCCUUACCUAGUAUUUUGCCCUCAGUUCAAACAGCAAGACAGUCGGACUCAUCCCCAUCUCAUCCCUCGUGUAUCUGCCCUGGGGAACGACACUAUGAACUAGGAGCAGGAGUCCUGGGCUCCAGCUGCAGGGGCAUCUCUGACAUCCUGCGUGACAUCUGGCAGAGCCUUUGCUCUCUCUGGGCCUCAGUUUCCCCACCUCAGAUAAUUAAAAUAAUCCCUGAGCAGAUGACACUUCUGGUGCGCUCAUUUCUCAAUUCCCUGGGCUACAGUGCAGAUGGGAAAACUGAGGCCCAGAGACGUGAAGUGACUCGUUUGAAGCCACACAGUAAGGCUUUAGUGGAGGCAGGCUUUGAAUCCCGCAGGCUCUAGUUUUAAACUCUGCAACCCAGGAUCUGGCCUCCGGACUUGGUUUACACGCCCCCUUGCAGCAUGGGCAUUCCCACACACUCACAUGCCAUCACCACCACUCACCAGCUCCACUCUUAAAGCAAUAUACCAGUUUCUUCUCUUGUUGGGAACCAGACAGACAGAGCCCAAAGCCUUGAGUUCAGCCUGACCCACAGGAAACCUUUGUAGACUCAGCCUGCCCUUCUUUGGCAAACCUUCGACCCUCAUCCUCCAGGAAAGCAGGGCCACCCCUCAUCCUACCCUCCAACAGGUCCUUAAGCCUGGGUCUCCUAUCCCUUCCUGGAGACAAGCAGAGAGGAGGCCUGUCCUCAUCACCUCCCUCCACAGAUGCCCUGAGGACCCUGUGUCCUGAGUACUGCUUGGUGAUAUGUCCAGAGAGUAGACGUCAGUGCCCCAUCUCUGGAACUGGAGCCUCCCUGACUAAGAAACCUGUUAGAGAGCUUGGGCAGUGAAGACAGUUUUGUCACACCGUGGUGACCACGCCCUUUCCCAUUCUCCAUUCCAGGCUUUCCUGAGCUAGGAUGACAAACCUACUCCACUGUCCCAUCCAAAAUGCUACACGGAACAGCCAGGCCCAGGAGCCCCUCUGGUCCUCACAGGUCCCUGGCUGGUGAGCCACAUCAGAGGGCGACAGACUUCCUUUAGGCCUGGCUGCCUCUUGCCACCUGCAGCCCUCGCUUCUCCCAUCCCUUCCCCAGGCCUCUUUCUACUCAAGGGUUUAGCCACUAAUGAUUUGAAGACUUUAGGUUUUAUAAGCCGGGUUUUGCAGGGGGACUGGGUCUGCUUCUCGGUGAGACCUUAUGGACUGGGACCUCCCUGGUAUCCAUGCAGGUGGUUUGAUUAAAAAAGGUGUUUUCUUCACUGUGUGCCUGUCCUGCCCUACGGUCAGAAAGGCCUCCAAAGGGGAAAGUCCCUGCCAAAAAAAUGGGCAAAGCUGGGUGGUCAUUUCACUUUUAACAUAGAUACAUACAUUUAUCUUUCUGUUUGAGACAGGGUCUCUCUUUGUAGCCCUGGCUGAUCCAGAACUCACUAUGUAGACCAGGGUGGCCUUGAACUCAUAGACGUCUGUUUGCCUCUGCCUCUAAAG